AUGGCCGGGAAGAAAACCACCACAGGCCGACGCGGACGUCCUUCAAGAGUCAGCACCGGGAAAAGCGACUCAGAUCACGGGCUGUUUGUCUCGUCGACUCCUGCAGAUUUGUUGAAGGACCUUAGUAGUGCCGUUGAAAAGCGUAACAAGCACAAAUGGCAGAAACUCCGCGCUCAGCAUAGAGCUCAGGUUAAGAAAACAGAGGAAGGGAUACAAACAAUGGCUUAUUCGAACAAAUUGUCUAUCAUGAGACACCGGAGAGCGCAAAUCAAGCGCCUGUCAGAACUGGUCAAGAAGAGGACGGAGAUUGAGCUGGCGAUCGUGGCCGAAAUGCAGACGCUGGGUGAUCUGUACGAAACAGUUCAUGGCGAACUGGAACGAGAUCUACGAGGACAUGCGACCUUUGACGAUAUAUACUUAGACCACUGUCGAAUCGAGAUCAUCGGGGAUGGGAGCCAUUGUUAUACGUAUAUGAGUCAGCCAUUUCGGAUCUAUGGGAAAGUGUUUUCGGCUGGCACUUUGCGUAAAUAUGUUGAUGUUGACGCUCGAAAUGCUUAA